AUGAAUCUAAUGCAAUUAGCCAAAAAGUUUCCUCAAAUUCCUCAACACGAAAUACUUAAAAUCACCUCUCAAUUCAAUCAAAUAGACAUUGAUGGUAGCGGUGCACUUGAACAAAAAGAAAUUUUAAAAGCUUUACAAGACAUAGGUGAAGACAAUUCAUACGACGAGAUAAGAGCAACUUUAAAAGAAAUCGACUUAAGUUCUACGGGAAAAGUUGAGCUUGAAGAAUUUGUUGAAUUAAUUUCAAAACUAAGAUCAGGGCGUAAUAAAAGUGCAUUUGCAGUUAACAAACAUAAAAUCACCGUUCAUGGAUCAAGUCAAAAUGUUUCACAUACAAUAAAUGAGGAUGAAAGAACUGAAUUCACAAGACAUAUGAACCAAACAUUAUCUGGAGAUCCAGAUCUUGCUGAUAAAUUGCCAAUUAACAUCUCAAAUAUGCAAUUAUUUGAUGAAUGCAGAGUACCUGAUACAAUUGAUGAACGUGUACUUAAUGUUUUUAAAAAAGGAAAGAAAAUCAAUAAGUUUCAAAUGAUUGAAAAUAAUAAUUUAGUAAUUUUUUCAGCAAAAGGAAUCGGUUGUAAUGUUGUAAAUAUUGGUUCAGCUGAUUUAAUUGAAGGCAGAGAACAUUUAAUUUUGGGUCUUAUUUGGCAAAUCAUUAAGAUUGGUUUAUUGAAUAAAAUUGAUAUAAAGCUUCAUCCUGAAUUAUAUCGUCUUCUGGAAGAUGAUGAAACUUUGGAACAAUUUUUAAAAUUACCUCCUGAUCAAAUUUUAUUGAGAUGGUUCAAUUAUCAUUUAAAAGCUGCUAAAUGGCAACGUCGAGUCCAAAAUUUUAGUAAAGAUGUAUCUGAUGGUGAAAAUUAUACUGUUCUUUUAAAUCAACUAGCUCCUGAUAUUUGUUCACGAGAUCCUUUAAAAGAGCGAAAUCUUUUAGAACGUGCAGAAAAGAUUUUACAAAAUGCUGAAAAGCUAGGAUGUAGGAAAUAUCUUACACCAAGAGCUCUUGUUGCUGGCAACCCUAAAUUAAAUCUAGCUUUUGUGGCACAUUUAUUUAAUACUCAUCCAGGUCUUGCGCCACUUGAUGAAGAAGAAAAGGCCGAUCUUGAGGAAUUUGAUGAUAGUGAUGAUAGAGAAGCAAGAGUGUUUAGUUUAUGGUUAAAUAGCUUGGAUGUUACACCUGCUGUAAAUAAUUUGUAUGAAGAUCUCAAGGAUGGAUUAAUUAUUCUUCAAGCCUAUGAAAAGCUUAGGCCAGGGAUAGUUGAUUGGAAGAAAGCAAACAAAGCCAACAAUAAUAAUCUUUCAAGAUUUAAACAAGUGGAAAAUACCAAUUAUGCCAUAUUGAUUGGUAAAUCAUUGAAAUUCACACUUGUUAAUAUUCAAGGAGCAGAUAUUGUUGAUGGGACAAAAACUUUAAUUCUUGGUCUUGUUUGGCAAAUGAUGCGUUUAAAUAUAAUCCAAACUUUGAUAAGUUUAUCAAAAGAUGGACGUGAAAUAACAGAUGCAGAUUUAGUUAAAUGGGCAAAUGGAACAGUAAGACGUGGUGGGAAAACAACAAAGAUGAACAGCUUCAAAGAUUCAUCAUUGAGAAGUGGCAUCUUUUUGAUCGAUUUACUAAAUGGUAUAAGACCAGGAGUAGUAGAUUAUGGUUUGGUAACAAGAGGCACAUCUGAGGAUGAUGCAACAUUAAAUGCAAGGUAUUCAAUUUCUAUUGCAAGGAAAAUUGGCGCUACUAUUUUCCUAUUACCAGAAGAUAUUGUUGAAGUUAGACCUCGUUUGAUUCUCACAUUCAUUGGUAGUCUAAUGGCUUUAGAUAAUAAUCCAACAGUCAUUAAAUAA